AUGUAUCUAAAAAGAGAGCUGACAAGAACAGAGGUGAAGGAACAUAUAAUUAAGCUUGAAAAAAAGCUGUUCACUGGAAGUCCUAUUUUUGCAAAUGGAGAAGAGUUUAUACCCAGUGACUCGCCCAGCCUGAAAUAUGUAGGCGAUCCAUCGCCCGAUAUCGAUCAGGCCUGGGAGGAGUUGAUUCAUUCACGAUACUUCUAUAUCACCGAGCAAGAGGCAGCCGACGCGUGGGGAGAGGAUUACCAAAAGUAUUGGGAUCCCAAACGGGAGGGCUAUGUUGCAGGCUUUGAUAUCUUCCACACGCUCCAUUGUAUUGAUCAUAUUCGAAAAGCUUUCUUUCCGGAUAUCUACCAAAUGUCCGACGUUCAUGGCAGAUUGCAUAGAGACCACUGCAUUGAUCAUCUCCGUCAAAUGGUGAUGUGCUACUCUGACAUGACACUCAUUCCGACCGUAUAUUAUGAAAGUUUGGGCUAUAACUACAUUAACUCAGAUCGGAACCACACGUGCAGAAAUUACGAGAAGGUUAGGGAAUACACAACCGAGAGAUCCAAUGGCAAGCUUGCUAUCAGGCCAUACAUUAUGAUCGAAUCUUGA